UUCUUCCUCACGUUAUUAGCGGUGAUAAGUUACGACGUGAAAUGUAACAUGUAACGUGGGAACAUACGUGUAUCUUAUGCGCUAUUACCCUGACAUGGAAACAAUUAUAAGCGUGUCAAGUUUGAUAGAUAUUACAGUUUUAAAAAAUGUCAUAUUCAGGUCCUCGACGUCAAUAAGAGGCGUGAGAUGAGAGAGAAACCAGGACGAGAAGUGCAACACAGGCCUCUCCAGGAGAACGAUGACAGUUGAGCACCUCCAGCCGCCCACGCUAGCUGUCUCCCUUCUGUGCUCCACGACACCAUUACGUACAAAACAUUAUAAACAUUACCGACUACAUACCGGGUUAAAAGAAAUGAUAAUCUGGGCAGUGUGAGAAUUAAUUACACCAAAGGCAGCUGUUAAUCCCUCCUUGACACACAGCGGUGGGUGGAACCAAGACUUUUGAGGGGCUGGCCAUGGGAGUGAUGGUUCAUCUGUGAAAGACGAAAAAAGACAAGUUUCCAGCACAAGGACAAAGCCAAACCAUCAGUCUAUAUAACAAUGACGGUCACUAGAUUCUUCCUCUUCGUCAUCGUACUGAAAGGGUCGCGAGGGGUUCGAAUCCAGGGCGUGGAGGUGCCCGGGGAGGUUGAGGCUGGGGAAGACGUGUCCCUGAAGUGCUGGGUUGACCCCUGGCCCGGACCCCUGUACUCCCUCUCGUGGUGGAAGGACGGCUCCCAGUUCUACCGCGCCGCCGUCACCGCCUCGCCCAUCAGCCGCGACGAGCCCCCUUCCAGCGGCAGCCUGGCCACGGUCUUCCCUCUGCCCGGCGUCUCCGUCAAGACUGGUGGGCGAGGAUUGGGCCAUGUGGUGCUGGAGGAGGUGGGCGUGGCAGCCUCGGGAGUGUACACCUGUGAGGCAGUGGCUGACUUCCCGUCCUUCUCCCAGCAGCUCGUCAGCGCAAACCUCACCGUCGUGGAUCCUCCCGACACGCGGCCCGUAGUGUCGGGGUUCAGGGUGCGGUACCGUCCAGGAGACCAGCUGACUGCCAACUGUACCGUGCUGCGCGCCCAUCCGCCCCCCACCCUCACCUGGUUCAUCAACGGCAACAAGGUGAAGGAGGGCUCAGCAGAGGUUAUCGAGAUUCUUCCCGAGAAGGACCUGACCUCCACCCUCACCGGCAAGGUGUCCCUCCCCCUCCAUCAGUCACAUUUCGUUGACUCAGCCUUUAAUCUCACCUGCGGGGCGCGGAUCGGAGAGUCCUUGUGGACAGCCACCACUAUCAGGGGUCACCUGGGUCAGGGUCCCUAUCUGGCCAGCAGUGGCGGCAACAGUCCAACUUAUAUCCUCGGCGACCACUCGCAGCCCUUCCAGAGCCUUCACGCCGGCGGAGUUGUGUCGUCAGGCCUGGGGCAAUGCAGCCUGCUGGUAGCCCUGGUGGUAGCUGGUGCUGCUCGGCUCCUCGGCCACAGGGAGGGCGGCUUGCUUCUGGGAUGAACAUUAACAGGUCACAGAGAUAUAAGACAUCAAAGAUGUAAAAUUACAGGAAGAGAAAAGAAAACAGAAAAGUUAAAUACAAAAAAAAAAAAAACUUACAUCAGGCAUAAAAUCACAAACAUGUAUUUUCUCUUUAAUGACGAAAAGAAAAGUUAGUUAAUAUUAUCACCUAACAUUACCUGUUACAUACAUGUGAGUCGUAUUAUUUCAGAGAAAUAAUACAAAAUAUAUAUCAUGAUUCUCUUACUACAUUUGGUCACUAGUGCUGAAGUAUAGUAAUUGUGUGUAAUUAAUCACUACCAGCAGUCUGUAUGAUCCUGCUGUGGAACGAGGUCUUGUCUGCGCCUGGCCACUACAACAAAGCCUCCUGUGUCACUUCUCCACUUACUUAUCUGUCUGUCCUGCCUUCUUCCUCUACUUUUAUGUUGCCAGUCUGCUGCUGCAGCUGUUUGGGGCGUAUCAUGUCUCAUGUUUUACCGAUGCCCACUUUUUUUUUCCUUUAACAGUAAUGAAUAUACCUUCAAGUUCGGUCUGCUCCUUAAUCCACGAUGUUCUCUUAUCUCUGCAAGCUGCGUCAGCAUGAUUCCCUCCAUUGCUUCUUGGCAGCUCUGAGGUUCUUAUCCUAGGACUUUCGUACGACUACAUUUCCAACACGUUGAAUCAGUUAAUCUCGAAUGUACUGAUUAUAAACCUUUCUUUUUAGUGGCUGUGAAAUAUUUCUUUU